AUGUGCCAUCAGGCUGGAAAUUGUGGCCCUCACCUGCGCCAGUGCCCCUCACCUGCGCCAGUGCCCCUCACCUGCGCCAGUGGCCCUCACCUGCGCCAGUGCCCCUCACCUGCGCCAGUGCCCCUCACCUGCGCCAGUGCCCCUCACCUGCGCCAGUGGCCCUCACCUGCGCCAGUGCCCCUCACCUGCGCCAGUGCCCUUCACCUGCGCCAGUGCCCCUCACCUGCGCCAGUGCCCCUCACCUGCGCCAGUGCCCCUCACCUGCGCCAGUGCCCCUCACCUGCGCCAGUGCCCCUCACCUGCGCCUGUGGCCCUCACCUGCGCCAGUGCCCCUCACCUGCGCCAGUGGCCGAUGGAAGCGCCGAAGCCGUGCACCAACACCACGGCGGGCGCGUCCUCUCUCCCCCGCCACCCCUCCUCGCCGCUCUCCCCCGCGCCCUCGCCGCCGGCGCGGGGCGGAAUGUCGCAGUAGUUGAUGCUGGCGCCGCGCCACGUCCACCGCCGCUGGUGGGAGAGGAUGAGCGCGAGACCCGCGGAGACACCAUCGCCGCCGGGCACGCGCGCGCCGCCAGUGGCGGGGUCCGCCGAGUCACCCUCACGGGCGGCGGCGGCUGCAGCAUCGGCGGCGGCCUGCGGGUCGCCGCCAAUCAGAGCGGCCGUGCCGGCGGCGGCGAAGGCGCGCUGCUGCGACUCGCCUGGCGGACUGUCGCUUGCCGCGUCUGCGGGUCGUUCGCCAUGCGACGCGCGUACGACAAGCUGCGACUGGCGACGAAGAAAUGGUCGAGGCUGCAAGGGCCGCGUGGCGCACAGCGGUGCAGCGCAGGGGGCGGAAUGGAAGGCGCGAAGCGGCGGCCUUCCCAUCCCUCAUGCUCAUUCGAUUGCCAUCUGCCUGCCGCCCAACCUCACACCUCCAUCCCUCACACCCACCCACCGCACGCGCUCCUCGCCGCCCCGAUCUUCUCCGCGCGUCGGCCGCCUCACGCGCUGCAUCGCGUCCCACCAAUCCCCGUCCGCUCUCGCUCAACCUCCCACCGCUUGAGUCAGCCUGUUUCGCCGACUGGAAGAGAGCAGCAGGUAGCGGAGGGGGCGGAGGGGGCGGAUGGCGGUGCUGGUGGAGACGAGUGUGGGCGAGAUGAACCUCUGCUGUCACGCCGCGCCAUGCCUAUGCCCAUCCUCCUCCCCCCCCCCAGGAUGAAGUACUACCAGCACUGCCUCUUCCACCGCGUGCAGCGCGACUUCAUCGUGCAGACGGGCGACCCCACCGCCACUGGCGCUGGUGGUGACUCCGUUUACAAGUUCCUGUACGGAGAGCAGGCGCGGUUCUUUGAGGAUGAGAUCCGGGCGGGGCUGAAGCACGACAAGGUGGGGGUGGUCGCCAUGGCCAGCGGAGACAGCAACCUCAACGCCUCUCAGUUCUACAUCACCACGCGGGCUGGGCUGGACUCACUCGAUGGCAAGCACACGAUAUUUGGCGAGGUGGCGGAGGGGUUGGACACGCUGCAGCGCAUCAACGAGGCAUUUGUGGACGACAAAGGCCGCCCCUUCAAGAACAUCCGCAUACGCCGAGUGCACGUGUUGGACGACCCAUUUGACGACCCACCCGGACUCGCUGACCUCAUCCCCGAUGCCUCCCCACCCAUGCCGCCCCCCGCUGCUGGCGAGGACGUGCGGCUGGAGGACGACUGGGUGCCCAUGGACGAGGGGCGGGCGGCGGACGAGGUGGAGCGCGACGUGCGCCGCAGAGAGGCACAGUCCAGAGGCGUGGUGCUGGAGAUGAUAGGCGAUCUGCCCGAGGCGGAGUUCAAGCCGCCCGAGAAUGUGCUCUUCAUCUGCAAGCUCAACCCCGUCACCCAGGACGACGACUUGGAGAUCAUCUUCUCUCGAUUCGGCAAGGUCCUCUCGGCGGACAUCAUUCGAGACCAGAAGACGGGCGACAGCCUCUGCUACGGCUUCAUUGAGUUUGAGACAAAGGAGGCGUGUGAGGCGGCUUACUUUAAG